CAGGUAUAUGAGUCGGAAACUGCCGAAAGGAUUCAGUUGUCUCCGGACGCAGCCGCGAGAGGUUCCUCCUAAAUACGAUAAUAUUGUCGAGCUAAUAGUUCCCAGGCUCACGAUGGCGUUCCACUCUCCUCUGCUCAUCGCCCUCGCCAUCGGCAACUUGGUGUUCUUCAUCAUCAAUCAGCUAUUUGGUGCACUGAACAUGGCCGGAGUAAGAGAAUGGCUGGGUAUUGAUACAAAUAUUUUCGGCCAAUCAGUGGGCGAUGCCUCCGAUCAACGGUACCUCGAGAUCACGCCCUCUUCAGCCACAUUCAGCAUCUGGGGCGCCAUCUACAUAUGGCAGGCUGUCUGGGCCAUCUACGCCCUUGUCAACAUCUGCCGCCGUACCCCUGACGGCUACGUCUACAACAGCCCCACCCUCCUCAGUGCGACCUUCUUCGGUGUCUCCAUCUUCAACUGGAUGUGCGUCAUCACCUGGACCUUCGUGUGGGGAUGGGGUCACGUCUGGGUCGCCUUUGUUUUCCUGGCCAUCGUCUUCAUCACCAUCUACAUCUGCAUAGGACUCUCUUACAAGGCACUGGCGCAGCACCACGACGCGCUAGUGAAACAAGGACGUAAGGUGGACAUCUGGUUGAUGCGCAUGUUGGUGCAGAAUGGCCUUGCCUUCUAUGGCGCAUGGUGCACUAUUGCCACUCUCCUCAACCUUGCUAUGGCUCUUACUUACACCUCCCACCCCCAGUUUGACCAGAGUACCUCAUCCACCAUCGCUCUUAGCAUCCUGUCCGUUGAGCUAACAGUCUUCGCUAUCUCCGAUUGGACAAUUAUGGACAAAUACUCACGCUAUACAUUUAGUCCCUAUAUUGUUGUCAUGGUUGCACUUUCUGGAAGUAUGGUCAAGAACUGGAAUCCAGAGAAGACAAACUCUAUUUUCACAGCGGUUUUACUGGGCGUGUCGAUCUUAUGCUUCAUCACCAAGAUGGUUCUCAUGUUUUGGCGACAUUGUCGGGACUCGAACAGAGACAAAGUUGUACUUCCGACCAUCACAGAGAAACAGAAUAUUAGACUGUAACAGGAGGAUGCUGGUCCCAGCCUUUUGAACAGUUUACAUUAGACAAGUGUUGAUAUAAACUUUUGUCACCCUGUGUGUUGAACGUUUAGAAUGCACAGUGUCACAGUGAUCCCAAACAAUGUGAGAACCUACUCACGUCUCUCACUCGGUUAUAGGGUAACUCUUUACUUUUUACAAUAUAUUUAUAUUUUACUUUUGUAAAAAAACAUAAAUAAAAUAGAUGAAUAAUG